AUGGAAGGAUUGAAAGAUCAAUCGUCGCGUCUGAUGCUGCUGAUACCAUUGUUGCUGCUCGUUGCCACAGUGGCUGGCGAGAUAGAACGGCGCACGUCCAAGCAGCUGGUCGAGGAGUCAGCGGAGAAUCUGGCUUCUACGUUGAACAAAGACUGCGGCAAGUCGUACAGUGCCACCUGUCUGAAAUUGGACGUGGUGUCACUGUUGGAUAGGCUGUCCGAGCAAGAGGACAUCAGCAUUCUUCCCGGAGUAUCUGUGAUCAAGGAGAAUGGAUCGGCGAGCAUGCCAGCUGCAGAGGUGGUCGCUAAUCUGGCUAGAGACUUUCCUAACGACGUGGAGAAGAGGCUGGACGCGUAUCUGGUUCACAAGGUUGGAAGCUACCUGAACAGCCAUUCGAUCUCUAUCAAACUGUUCGAUCCGAGGACCUUCGAGGCUGCGAGGAACUUCAACGAGGAGACGUUGGCGCAGUUGGGUCUCGGUGGAGCGCAGAGCGUCGGUACUGGACGCAAGAAGGAAAAGGGUGGCUACGGUGGUCUGAUGGCUGGUCUGAUGAUGAUGAAAGGUACACUGGGCGCAGUUGGCUUCGGUGCACUGGCCCUGUUAGCUGGUAAAGCUCUGAUGACCGGUCUGAUGGCUCUUAUGCUAUCGGCGAUCGUAGGUCUGAAGUCUCUCGCUGGCGGUGGCGAGAAGAAGACCACCUACGAGAUCGUCAGCAAACCAGUCUACUCUAACUCUCACACUCACAGCUCCGAGGAGCACCAUGGCCACGGUUACGGUCAUUCCGGAUACGGAAGAUCCCUGGACACCGUUCACGACAGCGUUCAACAGGCUGUAUUGAAGUACGGGAACGCGCGGGAUCGCCGGUCGCUCUAUCGGCAGAAUUAA